UUCCACAAACGUCAAACUGACAUCCCACCGUGUAGAAACGUCAAAUUUGCUUACAAAAAAAAACGUAAACACAAAACACACGUGCGAUUCGUGUAUCGAUCGAUUCAAGCAUCGGCAUCGGGUGGUAAAUUUUUUGUUCGAAAAAAAGAAAACUGAAAUCACACAAGCUUUGCCCAGUUUAAAGACUGCAGCAAAAUGGUUUUCUUCGUCUGCAACCACUGUGGCGAAUCGAUGAAGAAGCAGGUGGUGGCCACCCAUGCCUUCCGCUGCCGACGAGCAAUCAGCGUAUCCUGCAUGGACUGUCUGAAAGAUUUCCUCGGCAAAGCGUACGAAGCGCACACUGUCUGCAUCAGCGAGGAGGAAAAGUAUGCCGCCAAAGGGUUUGUGGCCAAGGAAAAGAAGAAUGUGAAGAAACAGGAAGGCUGGAUCAGUCUGAUCCGGUCGAUCACACAGCGGCACCAGAAUCUAUCCCCCGGCGUGAUGGCCGUAUUCGAGCUCAUCAAUCGGAACGAAAACGUACCGCGCAAGUUUAAACCAUUUGUCAACUUUAUCCGAAACUCGAGCAGAUCCUUAAGCAGGAACGAUGUGGAAGACGCCUGGGGAAUAAUAGAACAGGAAGUUAAGAGAGAGCUUCAAACGAAUGCCCCUCAACAGAACGGUGCAAACAAGGAACCGAGCGUACCGACGAAGACGACAGAUAGUACAGCUGACCCCGGAGAGAGUAACGAAGCGCAAAAGACAUCGGUAGCAGAAGAAGAAGAAGAACCCACAAAGCAGAAGAAACGAAAAACGGAAAACACCUCGGAAAAUGGACAGGAGCUGGUAGAGGAAAGCCAACCGACGAAGCAGAAAAAGCGCAAGACGAAAAACGGUCAUGAGGAGACACCGGGUACGGUAGCGAACGGAACGAACGGAACGGAGCAGGUACAGCACGACGGUGAGCAGGGAAAAUUCCACUGGAGUGAUGUGAUUCGCGAAUUGCUGCUUGCGAAAAACAACGAGAUGAAGCUGGCCAAGCUGAAGAAGAAGGUUAUGAAGCGUUACCAGCAAACGACCGGCAGCAUGGAGGCUGAUGGAAAGUUCGACCGAAAGUUCCAGAAAAAGAUUGCGAAGAAUGGGUUUGUGGUGGUGGAAAACGAUACAGUACGUUUGGUAGAAGCGUAACGAAAAUAUAAUGUCUAGAUUUCAUAUGUACGUUAUCAUACUGGUACAGCACAACAAAA